AUGGUGUCACAAGGACUCAGCCAGCUGCCCCCUUAUGGCCAUCACUGUCAGGAUGCUGUCAGCGGCUCCUGGCUGGUUGUUCAGGAAAGAUUUCACCUGCCUUCAGGCCCAUCUCUUCCUUUCUACCUCACUCUUCCCUUCUCCUUAGGUCCUUUGCACUGGAAGGACACCUUGACAAUCUGUGGGGGAGAGAACCAGUCGCCCAUUAACAUCGACAGAAGGAAAACUCAACGAGACAGGAACCUCGACGAGAUCUUGUUUGAAGGCUACGACCAGGCGCCUCCUGGCAGGUGGAGACUGAUGAACGAUGGACACUCAGUUGUCAUGAAUCUAGAUGGAGCAUCUGCUGCAGAUCAAAUUAACAUCACCAAAGGAGGACUUCAGGACACGUACCGGGCCUUGCAAUUCCACUUCCACUGGGGGGACCUCAGUCGAAAUGGCUCAGAGCACACCGUUGAUGGUCAGCAGUACCCAAUGGAGCUCCACAUUGUUCACAUGAAUACCAAGUACAAAACCAUCACAGAAGCCAAAGGGCACCCCAACGGACUUGCUGUCUUGAGCUUCUUGUUUAAGGUAUCUGAUGCCGACAAUACCAAUUACAACACCAUCGUCACUGGCCUGAGGAAUAUCACUCGUGCAGAGGAUUAUGUCGAGUUGGCCUCUACAUUUUCUCUGAGCAACCUCCUCCCCAACAUGGACUUACUCUCCAAAUAUUAUCGCUACAAGGGCUCCCUCACCACCCCAAACUGCGAAGAAGUGGUGCAAUGGACUGUGUUUGAAGAGAACAUCCCAAUCAGCAAGCCACAGCUGAAUGCAUUUGUCAACACCCUUUACUACAAAAGCGCUGGAACAACUUCCCUGAAAAUGACCAACAACUUCCGCCCACCGCAGCCUCUUCACGGUCGCAAAGUCUACGCUUCCAGAGACGCCACCGUUAGCCGCGGCUCCCCGCCGGCUGUCAAUCAUCUCUUCCCUCUGUUUUUGGCUGUUUUGAUUGGCCAGCUUUCUGGCCCCUCCUAAGUGUCUCGGCCAACUAUCCAGUUCAAUAAUCACGAUUGAUGAUGGCUUCGUGGCAUCUUCAUAUCCAUGCUUCUUCACUGUGAUCCUUUUCUAGCCACUGAUCUGAACGUUGAAUGAGUUGGAACAAAACUGGCAACAAGAAAAGAAUGCAACAUCUGACGAGUGUAUUUUGCUUAUUUUUUUGG